CGGUGCCUGGAGGCGGGACGCAGGGUUGCGGGCCGGGCCUGCUCACGUGACCGACGCGGGCCCUGGAGCUGCCGGCCGCACUGAGGGGUGGGGGCGGAAGCGGCCACCGCAGCCCGGGAGGUAGCGGCCUGGAGGCAGGGGCCGGCUGGCCUCUGGGACAGCCGCGGCUGAGGAGAAAAAUGGCGGAGGCUUCCGCGGCUGGGGCGGACGCGAAGGAGGAAGCUGUAGCCGCCCACCGGUUUUUCUGCCACUUUUGCAAGGGCGAGGUCAGCCCCAAACUACCGGAAUAUAUAUGUCCCAGAUGUGAAUCGGGGUUUAUUGAAGAAGUGACAGAUGAUUCCAGUUUUUUAGGUGGUGGCGGCAGCCGGAUACACAAUAGUACUUCGACACAUUUUGCAGAGCUGUGGGACCAUUUGGAUCAAACGAUGUUUUUCCAAGAAUUUAGACCAUUUCUAAGUAGCAAUCCACUGGACCAAGAUAACAGAGCCAAUGGCAGGGGUCACCAAACUCACACUGACUUCUGGGGACCAAGUCGGCCUCCAAGGCUGCCAGUGACCCGGAGAUACAGGUCUCGAGGAAGUACUCGUCCUGACAGAUCUCCAGCUAUCGAAGGAAUAAUACAACAGAUCUUUGCAGGAUUCUUUGCAAAUUCUGCAGUUCCUGGAUCCUCACAUCCUUUUUCUUGGAGCGGGAUGCUGCACUCCAACCCUGGGGACUAUGCCUGGGGUCAGACAGGGCUUGAUGCCAUUGUAACCCAGCUUUUAGGACAACUGGAAAACACAGGGCCUCCCCCAGCUGACAAGGAAAAGAUCACUUCUCUUCCAACAGUGACAGUAACUCAGGAACAAGUUGAUACGGGUUUAGAAUGUCCAGUAUGUAAAGAUGAUUACACAGUUGAAGAGGAAGUCCGGCAGUUACCCUGCAAUCACUUCUUUCACAGCAGUUGUAUUGUGCCGUGGUUAGAACUGCAUGACACAUGUCCUGUAUGUAGGAAGAGCUUAAAUGGUGAGGACUCUACUCGGCAAACCCAGAACUCUGGGGCUUCUGCAAGCAACAGAUUUAGCAACGAUAGCCAGCUACAUGACCGAUGGACUUUCUGAAACUAAAGACCACACCUGAACCAGGGCUGUCAGAAAUAGUCUUCUUACCAUAGAUGUAAAUUGUAUCAAAACAAAAAAAUAGUAGAUGGAUUUAGGAAUCACAUAAGAAACCCCAACCCAUAAUAUUAAUGCAAUGAGUGUUUUUCUUCUCUAAAUUUAAAGUUAGUAUCUAUAAAAGGAAUUGUAUCUACAGCCAGAUUCCUCUUAUUCCUGAAUUCAGAGUGGUAAUUUUGUAAGUGUGAAACUUAAGUACAGUAUGUGGGUUUUCCCCUGUCUGAAUAGAAUGAGUUCCUUUGAAGUCUCGCUAGGGUCCUGCUGUAUGUCAUGUUGCCCCGAGAUGGAUGUUUCUACCUCCUUCUCCAACCUCUGUCUCAUCAUUAGUGUAUUUAAAUUGCAGUAAAUGCAGAGGAACCAGAGCCCUAAAAUCCUGAUGAUACAAAGUCCUUUUGUCUUAAUUGUGCAAAAGCAUCUACUUCUAUCCACAUAAGCAAUGGAGUAAGUUCUGAUUAAUUCAGGAUUCUGAGAUUGAAGAUUUUGUUUAGUCUCAGUCUCAUGGAGCAAAUUAAAAAAAAAUCAUAGUAGGAAGGAACAGGUGGCCUGUUAUUAUAUGCUUUGGUAUGCACUUUCUCCAGAAACCAUCAAGGCAUGUCUUGAGAAUCUUAUGUUGGGAGGAAUCUAAUACUGGUUCCUUUUUGGUAAUGAAUGUUUUCUUAAGACACAGAAAGGCUGAGUGUGGUGGUGCAUGCCUGUAAUCCCAGCACUUGGGAGGCUGAGGCAGGAGGAUCGCCAUGAGUGCAAGGCCAGCCUGGGCCACAUUGCGAGACCCUGUCUUGGGGGCGGGGGGAAGACACAUACAGAUACUUGAAAUCUCUUGUUCUGAGAUUUUUUUUAAACGAUGCCCAACUCAUUGUUCAUUAUCCUUUGUUCUAGCAACCUUAAAAUAAUUUCCCUUAUAAAACUAGGAUUACUUCAUUACCACUUCCACUGUUCACUGGUUUUGGUAAUGCAUUAUUCAUUAGGAAUUGAAAUUUUACAUUGUUUCAAUUUUUAAAGCCCGUUUUUCAUCUCUGAAACUUUUCUGAUGUGCUUUGUUCUGCUUAUACUUGGAGUCAGACCAAUUAUUAUAAUCAUGCCAAGAACAACUAGGCCUGGAAGAGGUAGGCCUUACUUUUUCAGCCUGACACUGUCUCACACAUAUGCUCUUUUGAAUGUUUAAAGUUGAAUAAAUGAAGAAUGUUAAAAAUGUUGUUUGAACUUCAGAGUCUGAGAAAGAUACAAUAGGGCCAUAUAAUAGCUGCUGGUAUACUAAAAAGCAUGUUGAAAAGGAGUACAAAGUGGCAAAAUUUGUAGGGUCAUGCCAGCCCUUCAUAGUUUAGAGAAGAUCGCUACUCAUAGGUAAGUCUUUCUUGGCUAAGAGUCUUUCCUUGGUUUUUGUUGACUAUCACAGACUGAUUUGGGGCUGAGGAAAGGCAUUAAGAUAUCUUUAUCUUUACUUUGAUAGAAGAUAAAAGAAUUGGGGAGGGAAGAGAACAAGUUGGAGUCAUCUGCCAAACUAAUAGCUUGCCUAUUGUGAACCAGAAGCUUUGAUUCAGAUUGGUUCCAGGGGGAAUAAAAGAUGUUUUCUCAUAUACUGUACCUCUCACAUUGCACCUCUAUAGCCAUUGCUUCUCUGGGGGUGAUCUCUGUUGUAGUUAGUUCAUGCAGUGUGGCCUGAGAAUACAUACUGGUUUUGGAUUGGGGAUGAAGAGGGAUGGCGGAUGUGAAAGUUACAUUAUAUUUGACCACUUUAGCUGGGAGACAGCUAUGUUGAAUUGAAGGACAUUUCAGUAUUCAAGUAGAGCACAUUGCAGUUAUCAGCUGUGUCAGAGAAAUUUUGACACCUUCAAAAUACAAUAAUUAUGAAAAGAGAAAACUUUGACACCUUGGAAAUUUUAUCUGCCUGUUAGUAUCUGAAGAUGCCAGGACAGGCCAGUUGUGUUUUUAGUUACAUUAGAGAACUAGAAAGGAUCUGAAGAGUUUCACAAAGGAUGAAAACACAGUGCUAGACAGGGAUCUGCCUUUUUUAAUAUACAGUAUAGCAAGCAUCAGACUAAAUUAUUUGAAAUUUUUUUCACUUUUUUUGUUCUGAUAAAAGAUACGAGGCUUAUCUUGCUAUUUCCCAGACUCUCCUAUUUAAAGAAUUUGUAAUGUUUCUUCUCACAAUGGGAAACAUCUCAGACUUCCAGGUUAAUUUAUGUUAAGGAGAUACAGUUCUUUAGAGAAACAGGAUGUAUUUGGAGAUAGAGAUUUAUUACAAGGAUUUGGCUCUUGCAGUCGUGAGAUGAGAAGUCCCAAGAUCUUCCCUGGGCCAGCAACAGAUCCAGCACAGCAAUUAGUGUAGUUUCAAUCCAAGUCUUAAGGCCUGAGCACUGGGACAGUCAAUGGCUUAGGCUCCAGUUUGAAAGCUAGCAGGCUUGAGACCCAAGGAGAGCUGGUAUUUCAAUUCUGAUCUAAAAAACAGGAAACACUGAUAACCUGGCUUAAGUAGUUGGGCAGAGAGAGUUCCCUCUUACUUGAGAGAAGUCAUCUUUUUUUUUUAAUCUUUGGUUCUAUUCAGGACUACUUGGAUUGAUUGGAUGAGGACUCACCCCCAUAUGUUAACGGAUUGAAAUCUGCUCUGUUCCAUACUUGUACUCUGAUGUUAAUGUCACCCCAGAACAUCCCCACAGACACAGCCAGAGUAAUAUUUGACCAAAUACCGGGGCAGCCUGCAGCAUAGUCAAGGUCACAAGUAAAAUUAACCACUGCCAGGAGGAAAAAUAGAAAUGAUGAACAGAAUAAUGCUCAUUCCUCUUGAGUUUUGCUAAGUGAGCAGUCUGCCUUGGCUUAGAGGCCUCAGUGGUAUGGUAUAUAGUGUGUACAUAAUUUCUUUUUCCUCCUUUAUCUAAAUUAAUCUGGGAGCCUGAAAUGCCUCACAUUCUAGGGAUGAACAUUUUACAAUUAUUGGUCUAACACCAGAACAUGGCUGGGGUUACAAGUUUAUUUCUCAGUUGGGUGCAGUGGUGCACGCCUGUAAUCCCAAUACUUUAGGAAGCUGAGACAGGAGGAUUGCAAAUUCCAGGCACAUUUGGGCAACAGUAAGAUCCUGUCUCAAAAUAAAAGGGGUUGGGUGUAUGGCUCGGUGCAGAGGCUGUGGGUUCACUCCCUAGUACAUGGGUAGGAUUGGGGUGGGGUUAGGGGCUUUAUUAUUUCUUGGAAUAGCUUGCCUUUAAGUAUUUUAGCUUAGAUACAGUGACUAUGGCAGAAGGCUAGAUAACCUGGGAUUUUCGAGUUUCUAUUUUUCUGCAGCAGGAAGACUUACAUACUUAGGACUGGAGACUUUCUAGGGGUCGAGGGAGAGAUGUCUACACCAGUUCUUUGAAUUGGCUUUCUGUGAUGGUCAAAGAGGAGAAAACUGUUGUAAUUUUCCAUCAAGUCUUUAGUGAGAACUUGAGAUCUUUACAUUUAUAUUAGCCUACCCUUUGAAUUCUGUGCAGAGCUUAAUAGAUUGUUUUCAUACUCUGUGCCUUUUAUCCAAUAUAACUUCUCAUCCUACAUAUUAUGGAGUAGGUAGAUAUUUCUUUCUGUAUGUUACAACUUGAAAUGGGGAAAGAAAAUUGAUUCAUACAUAAUUAGGAAAGAUGUCCUAGAGAUUGGUAGUCUUGGAAGUUGAGAGAUUAUAUAGGUCAGUUCCUUGUUGACCUUGUUGACCAGUGAUUGUUGCUUCUCAGAUAGUUUCCAGAUAGGUGAAUCUAACCCCUUUUCGUAUGUGUUACUUUGCUGGGCAGAACAGGGCUGGUUGGAAAGAGCAAAGAGGUGAACAUUUAGCUGCUAACUCCAACAUCUUUAAAGUUUCAGAACUAAUGGAUUGGAAUAAGAAAUGAUUAUGACAUUAGAAAUUAAUAUUAAUACAGGUGGUGCACACCUACAAUCUCAGUAUGCGGGAGGCUGAGGCAGGAAGAGUGACACAAGUUUGAGGCCAGUAUGAACUACAUAGCAAAACUUUAUCAAAAAAAACAAAGGAAGAAAUUAAUAUUUUCUCAGAAUUCUUAUUGCGAGUUCUCUGGAGUUGAAAUAUAUGCAGACUCCAGAAUGACAUACUGUCCCUGUUGCUAUAUAGCUUCUUGACUCUUACAAUGUUUUAGUUUAUAAUAAAAAGUAAUUUAUCUUAGGCUGAGAAUGUAGAAAUGAAUAUUAACUAAAUAGAUCCCUUAGCUCAUUAUCAAUAUUUGCUGCAUAACAGUUGGGCAAGUGCUUCAUAAAUGUUUUCUUUGAGCAGUAUUAUGGUCCAAAAUUCAUUCUCAAGUUAGAAGGAAGAUUUUGGAGGAACAACUUAUUUUUUGGCCCUAGCAAGUCUCACUUUCAUUAAAUGGCUAUUAGAGGGAAAAUUUCUUGUUUGUGCCUGUGUAUUGCAAUAUAUAUAUAUACAUGUAUCUAUAUGUAUGUAUAUUAUUUGCAUUUGUGUAUAUCUACAUAAUGUAUAUACUUGCAGACAUGAGUAUAUACACAUUUCACCCUGGAGGAAGAAGAGAUAAUGGUGGAUGCUGAGGAACAGUGAGCAGUGGUGCAGAAGAGAAUUAUAGCCUCAUAGUAUGCUUCUCUCAUUUCCAUAGCACCAGGCCCUGGUUCCUAUAAGUUCUCUUCUCAUGGACACAUUAGUUUGAGCAGGUGCUUUGUUACCUGAUCUGUAGCAAAAGUAAAAACCUAGUCUUUCUAAAAAUCGGAACAAAUGACUUUGAGGAAAGGGUGUUUAUUAUCCAUUGUUUCUAUAUUAUAUCGUCAGUUGAACUCAAGUAUUACCUUGAUUUUUAAAUUUACUUUUAUUUAUUUAUUUAUUUAUUUUUGUUGGUGCUGGGGAUUGAACCCAGGGGCUGACAUAUUCUAAGCAUGCAUUCUACCGCUGAGCUGCAUCUUCAGCCCUAAAAAAUUUCUUGAUAAAUUAUUGAUGACAAAUUGAGUAUCUCAUGACCUCCUUUAUGCCUCAGUUUCCCCCUGGUUUUCUAGGAGCUGUUCCCUCCAGGAAUAUAAAUCUAAUGUAUCAGCUUUAAGAAAAUUAAAUCAGAAGGAGAGCAUUGUCUGGGUCUUUAAAUCCUAACAAAAUAGCCCUUGGAGUUUUAGAGGUGACAGGCACUUCAAGAUUCUUGGUGUAAGAGGAAAAAACCCUCUUUGCCCUUUAUGAUAGAGAUGGAAAGAUAAAAGGUCCUGUGUACAGGAAUAAUCCAGUGGAGAUAAGUUGAAGGUGACUGACUGGUAAGUGGGUAAGAGUACUCUUACUGAGUUUCCAAAAUUAUUUUCAUAGCUUCUGACACAGUUGAGGGGAAGGGGUUGUUGAUGGGAUAAAUGUACCACAGAUGGUUGUCCUGUGGGGGAAAUUCUAGCUUUCAGUAAUGUCAGUGUUUUCAUCUCUCAAGUCUGGGAGCCACAGGGAUGCUGCAACGAUUUAAACUGAAAGUACAGAAUACAGUGCAUACAAUUGGAGAUACUCUCCAGGAUCAAAAUAUAGCCUUUGAUUGAUCCAAAGGGCAUGAGGUUUUUAUCUCUUAUACCUGUCACAGAUGAUGAAUUAUAGGCAUUCAAUUUUAGGACUUUUUUCAUAGCUGGCAAAUUAUAUUUAGAUAGUGUCCACAGAAGUGGAAUCUUAUGUGUUACCUCUCCUCCUUAAACUAGGACACUUAGAUCUGUGAGUCAGAGGAUGUAAACUUGUAGUUCUUCACUUUUCCUAAUAAGAAGUACCAUUUUUGAGAUCCAAAAAUGAUUAGAUUCCCUCCCAACCAGAUGACAGCUAUAUUUCUAAUAUGCUUUGGUUAAUAUAACAAAAAGGUGCUAUGAUUUCAGUAGUGCUUUUAAAUCAAUUUGUCGUUAUUAGUUAUACCAGAAUCAACAUCUAGUUGAAAUAUAGAUGUAACAUCCAAUUACAAAUAUAAUGCAUAUUUGUAAGGUACACAUUUUAAUAGAAAAUAAUAGGUAUAUAGAUUCCUUGUAAUUACCCCAUGGACUCACAGGUUCAAAACCCAUGGUUGUGAAUCAUUCAUACAGAUUGGAGUUAAGAUGUGUGUUCAGAAAACUACCUAUUCAUGCAUGCAGAUUUAUAGGCUUAUUUGAAAUCAAUUGUAUCAACAUCUUGAAAACCAACAUACAAGUAUUUCAAAUUUCUGUUUAAAUGAAUCCUGAGAUAAGCAGAAUAAAUAAAUUCUUGAGAAACAA